UUGAGUCUUGAAAAUGGUGAAUGAUUCAUUGACAGGUGUCAAUGUGGUGAAGAGGAAGCUGGCAGCCCAUGACAACUUGAAAGUCACCAUCAAGCAAAAUGGAGACAAGUUCAUUAUCAAUGAAUCCAGUGCCUUUCGCACUAUAGAAAUUGUAUUCACCCUUGGAGUUGCCUUUGAAUACAGCUUAGCUGAUGGAACAGAGAUCGGGGGCACAUGGACCGCGGAGGGAGAUAAGUUAGUUGGUAAAUUCAACAGAAAAGACAACGGCAAGGAACUCCUCACGGUCCGAGAAAUCAUUUCUGACGAGCUUGUCCAGACCUACCAUUAUGAUGGAGUUGAUGCCAAAAGAAUUUUCAAAAGGGCUUAGAGAUCUGUUUUUUCAACAAAGAGUAUAAUAACGAGAGAAACCAGCUUACUUAUUCCAAAGCACACCGAGUGAAUAUGAAUAUGUAUAAGAAUAUGCUGUUUUUUUAUACUCCUCUAUUUGGUAACAUUUGCAGUGUAAUGCUUAAACUGUUUGCACUAAAGGUUUUUGAUAUUUCUGCAAUUUUAAAUAAAUACAAGGUAUUCUGUUUGUUCUUUUGCAUUGUCUAUAUUAUUCUCUCAAUUAAAUUAAGUUAAUCACAAUCACAACCUUGGAAUUGCAAAAAGUGUUUAUGGAGGUACAUGCAUCAUGC